AUGCGUACUACAUCCAAGCGGAAAUACAAGCGGAAAGGUCCUCCAGUGUCCUCUUUCCUGCUACUUCCUAAUGAAGUUUUUCUCACAAUCGCCAACCACUUGGAUCAUUCGGUGGACGUCAACCAUCUCUUGGAAACCUGCCAUCGAUUUUGUGACGUUCUCGACCCGUACCUUUACCGCCGCAAUGUCCUCUAUUUCCACGGCCGAGGUAUAUGGAGGGCCGUGCCUAGAAGGAGUGAAGCUGCAGUUCUCAAGUUUAUCUCGAAUGGGGCCAAUAAGGACCAGUGGCAGAUCGGAACUGCAGAAACUGUGGCUAAGAGAGAAAUGGAUCGGGAAAGAUUUAUAUCACGUUAUUGUUAUAGUUCGGACUCCGCGCCAGAAGGUUCUUCUGAGGUGGCAUCUGAUCCUAGUGAUUCAGAGGAUUCAGAGAACAUUGGUGCACAACGGUAUCUCUUACUUGAUGUAUCGUCAAGUGACGAAUCAGACAAUUCGAGUGGCUCGGAGGAAACCAAGGAAGGAAUACGUCUCCAGGAAAGAAUGAUCUCGCACGAUAAGAGGCGUUAUCGACAGGAACCUCGGGAGCCGCUCCUGUAUCUUGCGGCGAAGAAAGGAUACGUGCGCAUAUUCGAGAUUCUUCUUGAAAAUGGCGCGCCCCCAGAGGCUCGCUCGGAGGGUGGGAUCUCUACGCUCGUAUGUGCGUCACAGUGGUGGACAAGGGCCAUGGCUUUUCUUUUGCUACAAACGAUCAUUUUAUUGAACGUCAGAGGCAUUCCGCAGAGCAACGCGUUCGAAAGGACAGUGGAGAAAUAUCACCAUGAGAGACUAGAGGUCCUAGCCAAGUACGAUAUUUCAGAGCCUAACUUGCGAGGUGGGAAUUCAAGGCAGCGUGGUAACGCAAGAAAACAAUUCUCCUGGGAGGAGGCUUCUACACUGAUGCUGAAUGCGAUCAGGGGCCAGUAUGUUGAGGUGAUUCGGGUGAUGCUGGAUAAGGGUAUGCGUCCGAAACAUGUGAUAGAUUCCGGAGGCAAGUCGGCAUUUGACGUUGCCUCCGAAGUUGGCAAUGUGACUGUCAUCAAAAUGCUUGAAGGAAAGGGUGAGGAAGGGAUUGAAGAUUAG